CUCUGCCGGAGGGGAGGAGGCAACAGCCGUAGUGUGCUCCGGGGCUGCUGGAUGCUCCGUGAUGGAUGAGGGAUGACAGAUCGGGGUUAGCCGCCAGGGGAGUCCAUUUUCCUGCAGCGCACGGUCCUAUACCAGGACAGAAAACGAAGGAAGGAAGAUAAGGAGAGCGCAUCAACCGCUCCCCCCUCUCUCUUUUCCUCUUGUUUCACUCUCCCUCCUCUCCAGUGCAUCACAGUCUAGCGGGCUUUACACACUGACUGCACCGCAUUGACGCUGCUGCUGCCGACCCAACCCAGCGAACUAACACUCAGAUAGAAGCACAACUGGAAAAUAAAUGUUGUAGAGCGAGGGCUUGGAAAUGCAUCAUUCUGCAAUAUUUGUUGACUCCCUUCUGGAUCAGACAAUCUCAACUCUUUGAAAGCUGACGGAGACACGGCGCUUUUGGGAUAUCUUUGCAGCGGGGUUUGCAGACGCAGCUCAUCAUGAGGAUGGACUAAAGCUGCGCUCGGUGAUAUAAAUCCUGGAUCAUGCAGGUUCUGCAGCCUUGGACGUUAGUUAUAAUACUCGCCCAUGCACAUGUGUUGUUAUCCCUGAAAAACAGUAAUGCAGGAGCUGGGAGUCAAGACGACAGUAACAGCGGCGGCUACUCUGGCAGGACUUUCCACGGUCCGCCCCGGGAGAGCCGCCAAAACAAAGCCCGAGACCGCGCGCUCUUCCCGGGAUACGCUACAGGUGCGACCCUUAACUCCACUCGACCGUGGAAGAGGGCGGCAGCGGGGGAAACGAGGCGAGGCGGACACGCUAAACGCGACUUCAAUAGGAGCGUGACACCCGUGGAGGAUCCUGGCGGGUUGUCCCACUGGGACGCGACGCGCCACCAUAAUAAGAGGAUAAAGUUGAAUGGUGCAGGGACGCCGGCAGGUGGACACUACAAUGCGGCUAAGCUUCCUUCAAUGGCUCGGGAAGACGGAGGAGGGGUGUCGAAGGAGGGUGACAAGCACCAGAGAGGCUCAAAGGCAGGAAAGAGGUGGAGAAACAAGCAGAACAGAAGCGCUGUGGUUAUGCCUCCGUGGGAACCCGUCCCCAAACCGGUGGCUCUCACCUCCACCGACCUCCCGUUUGACAUCCUCACCAGGAGGCCAGAGUUUUUCACCCUCAGGGAGGACAACCCGUGGGAUGCCACACCGAUCACCCCUCCUGGCUCCCCGGAUUUUGGAGACGAGAUCAAGAACCCGUUCUACCCAGUGACGACCGAAACUUUUGGCGCUUACGCGAUCACAUGCGUAUCCGGCGUAAUUUUCCUGGUGGGCAUAGCGGGCAACAUCGCUAUCCUGUGCAUCGUGUGCCAGAACUACUACAUGAAGAGCAUCUCCAACUCUCUGUUGGCCAACCUGGCCGUGUGGGAUUUUGUGCUCAUCUUCUUCUGCCUCCCCAUGGUGGUUUUCCAUGAGCUCACGAAGUCAUGGUUGUUGGGGGAGUUUACCUGCAGAGUGGUGCCAUACGUGGAGGUUGCCUCCUUGGGUGUGACUACCUUCACCCUUUGCGCACUCUGCAUUGACCGCUUCCGUGCAGCCACAAAUGUUCAGAUGUACUACGAGAUGAUUGAGAACUGCACAUCUACAACAGCCAAGCUAGCAGUCAUCUGGAUCGGUGCCCUCCUUUUGGCCCUUCCAGAGCUCCUCAUUCGACAGCUUGUAGCAGACGAUACAGGGCUCCCGGACGAGCCCCCAGUUGAACGCUGUAUUAUCAGGAUAUCCACAUCCCUUCCUGAUAUGCUCUAUGUGCUUGGCCUGACCUAUGAGGGUGCUCGGCUUUGGUGGUGCUUUGGCUGCUACUUCUGCCUCCCGACUCUCUUCACCAUUGGGUGCUCGCUGGUGACGGCACGCAAGAUUCGGCACGCCGAGCAGGCCAGCGUUCGCAGCAAUAAGAAGCAGAUCAGGCUGGAGAGCCAGAUGAACUGCACAGUUGUGGCUCUGGCAAUCGUGUAUGGUGCAUGUGUGGUGCCCGAAAACAUAUGCAACAUAGUAUCUGCGUACAUGGCGGCUGGUGUUCCAGAGCACACCAUGUCCGUCCUGCAUCUUCUCUCUCAGUUGUUGCUGUUCUGUCGGGCUGCCGUGACACCGGCGCUGCUGCUUCUGCUGUGUCGUCCAUUAGGGAGGGCAUUCCUGGACUGCUGCUGUUGUUGCUGCUGUAACCACGUACCCUCUUCAGCCACAGCCAGUGAUGAUAACGAGCACGAGUGCACUACUGAACUGGAGCUGUCGCCGUUCAGUACUAUCCGCAGGGAACUGAGUAACUACACACCUGCUGGCUCCAACUGCUGAGCUGACAGCCCUGUUCAGGGAGGGCGAUUUUACUGGCCUGUUUGUGGCUUGUGUUUCUUGUGCUUGGCUAGGAGAGAUUUUGCCUUAUCUAGUCUCCACGCAUUUUGUAAAUGAGCGCACAAAUGAGGUUGGACACCAAAAAUAAAAAUCACCUUUA